AUGCAAGUCCAUGCAGUUAGCCGGACGUCCUCAUCUCUCCGAGCGGGCAAAGAGACGGACGACGCCAGCAGAAUCUGGUAUUUCGCUUACGGCUCCAACAUGUCCUCUGAAACGUUUCGCCAACGUCGAGGCAUUAGUUCUCUGGCGGCGGUGCCCGUCCGCAUCCCGGGGUGGGCCCUUGUCUUUGACAUCUACGGCCUUCCGUACCGAGAGCCCGCGUUCUCGUCCAUCAGCCCUAUCCCCUUUUCGGAUGAUGCUACUGUGAACGAGAAGAGGAACCACGACCUGCCAGCAGUGCACGGGGUAGCGUAUCUGCUUGAUCGCCAAUCUUGGUAUUCCGUGGUGCGAUCGGAGGGCGGGGGGACAGCCUAUGACGAGGCGGAGGUUCUAGCUGAAGCGCUCAGCGCGCACAAGUGUGACGAAAAUGAUGAUCUGCAGUUGCUACAACUACAAGCCUCGCUAGGGGAUUCCAAGGCCGAAGAGGACGAGCCGAAUCAGCCACGGCGGUUCCACGUCACGACACUAGUCAGGGGGUAUGGGCCCACUGUCCCUCGCUGCCCUAGUCUGCGUUACAAGGGUGUCAUUCUAGACGGAGCGCGCGAGGCAAAGCUGCCGAGGGAGUAUCGAUGCUAUCUUGACACGCUCCCUUUCUAUGACUCUCCAAGGAAUGGCUGGCGUCGGUUGGGGGCCAUGUUAUUCCUGGCUCUGUGGGCCCCAAUCAUGGCUGCAGCCGAGAAGCUCACAGGAGCAACAGCUAACUGGGAUGGCAGGGGCAAUUGCCCGACGUUUGUGAAGAAGGUGGUACGCCUGAUUCUGUUGCUUAUGUGGCUGCACCAUGACUGGCUUCAUGCGCCUCUCUUUGGCAGAGGAGAUGGCUGCGACGAGGCCUCGGAGCUUGGCUGCUGUUAG